GGGCUGUAGCCUGUCUCCAGAAGGAGUGGCCAGUGUCCAGAACCCUGGCUCUGUGGGUAAAGAACUGCUGGAGUUGACCCAAGAGGAGAAGAGACUGGAUGAACUCAUACACACCUGCACACUCAUCGUCCAACAGAUGACUGAAGACACACCCACAAGAAAGUUUGCGUACAUAUCGUAUGAUGAUGUGAAGAGGAUUCCUAGUCUGAAUGACCAGACGGUCAUCAUGGUCAAAGCCCCUACUGAAACCAGACUGGAGGUGCCAGACCCUGCAGAGAGUCUCCAGGUCCACUUGAGCAGCACCCAGGGUCCAAUAGAAGUCUUCCUGUGCUCAGAUGAUCACGCCCCUUCCUCCCCGCUGAAAAACAACUCUGCGCUGAACGGAAAUGGACAUUCACCCUCAUCUUCGUCAUAUGUCAACGGAAACUCCACAUCCUUCCUCAAGGUGUCACAAGAGGGUAAUAACUACACCGGUAACGGUUUCUCCAACGCCCUGUCCAGGCUCCCAGCAUGCUCAGCGGUGACUGUCACUCCUGUCUCCCCCCUGCCCUCCUCCCUCACCUCCCUCCUCCCCCUCCAGGACGUUGACCAGGAGCCCUUCAUCCCCCUCUCUCUCGUGGGGGAUGACUACCUGCUUAGCCUGGGCGAAGACGAAGGCAUCAGCGACCUGUUCUCCUACGAUCUGGACCGGCUUCCACUAGACAACCUGCUCUGUAAUUGAGUGAAAUGUAAUCUCGGUGGCCAUUUUGGGGAAUUUUAGUUUGGCCAUUUUGGAGCCAGAUUGUGGUUGUUUCCAGUUAUAAAGAACUGAUUUAGAGCCCAGCGGGCUCUAUGGAAUGCAGCACAGCAGCCAUUUUGGAGCAAGGCUUUUGUUUUCUUGACCUUGUGGACUGGACUGCUCAUAGAGGACCUGCUGUGUAAUUGACCCCUGGCCAGCGACGAGAGAAGGGAAAUACCUGCUCUCGCUAUUGAGCUGAUCAAAGGAAGUACGUUUCAGUUCAGACUGUAGGGGUGAAUUCUAUGGCUUAAAGAAUGGACAAACCUCUUCUCAAAGCCUGUCUUUCUGGUCUUGCACUGACAGGCAAACCAACAUCCUAAACAAUCACUCGCUCUCCAUAGCAGACUGUUAUCCUAAUGAACUGUUCUCAUCUGAAAGCAGAAGAUUGUCCCUAACAGAGAUGGGUUAUGGAUGUUAACCCCUGGACAGAUUCUUACCCAUAUCUACCAUUGUGUGACUGUUAUCUGUGAACUUGUUUUUUUAUAAUGUGAUGUACUGGAGACCCGAUGAUAGAUCCUGGUUCUCAGCUCACCAGAGUGGAGCAGACCUGCUAUCUACGUCCCAAGAUGGUGUCUGCCUUGGCAUCAAUWAUUUUUUUGCGUGAGUACCCUGGUCUUUCACACGGAGCCUUCUGACACAAUACUGGAAGAGACUGACUGGUAUUGUUCAGAUAACCAGAGUAUGUACUGAAAGGUGGGCCUUCUCCUCAUGUAACGGUUUACUACACAAUUGGUGUAUGUUUUGUUUGUUGUUUUAGAGGAGGAAGUGAAUAUUGCUCCUGUUGCCGUGUGGGACAUCCACUACAUGUUCCUCUACUGCCGUCCAUUAACUGCUUCUAUAUCCAGGGAUGAGCAAUGUGCCUCCACACACACACACACACACACACACCACCAUGCAAGAGUCACGUAGACAAGUCCCCAUUUUGUUUUUAGCCACUGCAGCCAUGCUAGCAGCCAUGUUACUUAUUGAAUAACUAACGUAUUAACCAACUCAAGUCAUUUCUCAGGGCUCCCAAAUUACUUCCUACUUGAAAUACAAUUUUUUUUAUUACUUAAUUAAAAUGUACAAAUGGAUUCUAAUGAUUUUUUUUUGGUGCCAGAUAUUUUAAUGACCUCUAUCAUUAACCCAUUGAUUAAAAAUGUAUAUCCAUUUUUUUUUUUUUAAAUGUUAUUGACCCUUCGAUUGGUAUAGACAUGUGACCUUUAAACUAGCCAACCGUACUAUGUAUUCAGCUUUCCUUUACGGGCUGAAGCUGCUUGGUUUUAGAGAAGUGCUUUACUACAUGGUGUCCUGUGGUCUUUACUAGUGUAUGACAUUGGACCAGAGCUCUAUGGGUUGAUGACAGAACUUACCAAGAAGUCCUUUAKGAGUCAAUUGACUGCUAUGAAAGUAUGUUGGAGAACAGACAUGUCCUGAACGUAACGAUAUACUCUAUUGCCGUCUUACAGUAAUGUGUAUUUUUUUUUUUAUUUUUUUUUUUUAUACAUGUGAAGUCAUUUCUAAGGUACUGUACUAGAAGGUAUUCUGGUGAUAGAUUGGCUUACCAGUCUGUUUCUACAUGGUUUGUAAUGACGAUGAGUUGACGCGACGACACAAGUAGGAAAAGCAGCCAUUGAUUUCAUCCUCAAUACCGUACUGAAUUUCAGUAACUACUCUUGCUGUCCCCCAGGAAGUAGGGUGACGUUGACCCAGGAUGUUGAUCUUGRAUCAGUUUUGCAUUUCACUAAUGCAAAAGGCUUGGAGAAGGGGAAUCUUAUCCUAGAUCUGUAUCUAGGGGAAGCUGCACCUUGGUGUACUGGUUCUCUAUGUUUGAUGGUGUUAUCAGUCUUUUCUCUGCAGUUUUCCUUUAUUUAGAAAUUCUAUUAAGUUUUAAUUGUGAUUUCUAAAUAAAUAUAUAAAUGAUUUUUUACUUAAUGCUUUUAUUAAGAUGUUUUGAUUUUUCUGAAUGUUCUGCUCAUGAAUUGCUGUUUGUAGCCCACCGUCCAGCGAUACGGUGCCGGGCUUAAACCAGAGGACAUGUAGGAUUCUGCAUUUACAUCACGUUACAACGUUUUAUGGCAGCCAUGUUAUCUCCCCAUAAACAAUACAUGGGAAAUAUUUUAAUUCUUCACGAAACAAUAAAAUAAACGCAACAUAUAUAGUGUUGGUUUUUAUGAGCUGAAAUAAAAGAUCCCAUUUUC